AUGUCGGGGAAGGGUUUGUUUGUUUUGUCAACUCUUUUGGUGUUCAUCUUCAUUCAACAUGGAGAUUGUAAAGGUGAAGCCAAUCAUGCCUCUAAUGGUGGUGCUUUUGCUCGAACAGAAGGAACCCGUUUUGUUAUGAAUGGGAGACCGUUUUACAUAAAUGGUUUCAAUGCAUAUUGGAUGAUGUACAUGGCAUCUGACCCAUCUUCAAGAGCCAAGGUCACUUCUGCAUUCCAACAAGCCUCCAGGUAUGGCAUGAAUGUUGCUAGAACUUGGGCCUUCAAUGAUGGCAGCGGCACAGACAGACCCCUUCAGCCUUCUCCUGGCUCCUAUAACGAGGACACAUUCAAGGGAUUAGAUUUUGUGAUAUCAGAGGCUAAAAAAUUCGGAGUACAUGUGAUACUAAGCUUUGUGAACAACUUUAGCGACUUUGGGGGUAGAAAGCAAUAUGUGCAGUGGGCAAGAGACCGUGGCCAACCCAUCAGCAGCGAUGACGACUUCUAUUCAAACGCUGUCAUCAAGGGAUACUAUAAGGAUCAUAUUAAGACUGUGCUCACAAGAAUAAACUCCAUAACAAGGGUGGCCUACAAAGAUGAUCCAACCAUCUUUGCUUGGGAACUAAUAAAUGAACCUCGGUGCCAAGCUGACGUCUCUGGAGCCCUUCUUCAGCAAUGGGUGACAGAAAUGGCCGCACACGUUAAGUCGGUUGAUAGUGAGCAUUUACUAGAAAUAGGGCUUGAAGGAUUUUAUGGGGAAACGACGCCGGACAAGAAGCAGUACAACCCUGGUAACCUAGAGUUUGGCUCUGAUUUCAUAGCCACCAACUUGCUUCCCCAAAUCGAUUUUGCCACUGUACAUAUCUAUGCUGAUCAAUGGUUAUCAGGAGAAAGCGAAGAGGCUCAAGCUGGUUUUGUGGACAGAUGGGUGCAAGCACACAUUCAAGACUGCAACACAGUGGUGAAGAAACCACUGCUCGUGGCUGAGUUCGGCAAGUCUUAUAAAUUGCCGGGCUAUGUCCUACAAAAGAGGGACGCCUACUUUGGAAAAAUAUACAGUGACAUUUACACCAGUGCCAGCAGAGGGGGCUCAUGUGUAGGUGGGCUUUUCUGGCAGCUCAUGGCUCCAAAUAUGGACACUUUCAGAGAUGGAUACGAAGUCGUUUUGGAGCAGAGCCCUACCACUGCCACUGUCAUUGCUCAACAGUCUAGGAAGCUUAACGGGUUAAAGGCUAGUCUAGCAAUUAAUGUCACAAGGACUUGA